AUGGCCAACUCCUGUAAGGAGAUCACAGCUUUUGGCGGUGCAGUAUGCAAUUUGAAAUUCAAUCAACCAAGUGCCGUUAUUUUGAUUUUAUUGCCAUUUAUCCAUGAAUGUUGUCCGCCCACCACAAGUUCGCAUUGUUUGCGCUGCAACAGCGAGGGCUGCAUCAAGUGCCCCGCCUACUUGAUGACCGACACGCGUCAGUGCGUGGAUCAAUGCCCUUCCGGCUACAUCGAUCAAUGGUCGGCGCAUACCGAAUUCAUGGGACGAGUUUGCGUCUCCACCGGCUACUCUGGCCCACUCAUGGCCGCUAUUGCUGGCCUCAUCGGCGGUUUUGUAGUCUGUCUCACACUACUGGCUGUCGCAAUGAUGCUGGUGCGACGACGACGACGACGCAAAUCAAUUAAGCAGAAGUUGAUCAACGAGAAUACCAUGGAUCGUUCGGAUUUUUUGCGACAACUCAACGAAAUGCGUCCCAACGCCGAGUAUUUCCUGGCGAUGCUCAACGAUACGCGCCGACAAAUACGCAAAUUGUACCUGUCAGGCGAAGUGAGUGCUGCGAACUCUUAUCGGCCGAUCGUACGCGACCUGGCCAAAAUACUAAUACUGCUCAAUCGACCAAUUGAAUUGAUACCGGCGGCGCCGCACGACUGGAAUCGUUUGUAUACGUGGUCCGAGCAAGCAUUGGAACGCUACAAGCCACAAGUGGGCCAUCUGAUUGACUUCUUUCAACCCUCUGGCGGCGGCGGUGGUGGUGGUGGUGUUGGCGUUGGAAUUGGAAGUCGCGGCAGCGGCAGCGUCGGUAUUAGCGAUGACUUCGAUGCGACUUUCUUCCCGCAGAAGAGCAACAACGUCUACAGGCAAAGCAUGUUGCCGGGAUCGGGCCCGCAAAAGUUGCACAUGUUCGGGUCGCUCAUCAGUCUGCACGAGUUUGACGAGCCGCGGCCUUCGGAUCCAUUCGGCAGCAGCUUCAAUACGCUUAAGAGUGGCAAUCUGAUAUCGGAUCUCAAUGCGAGUUCGUUGUGGCUCGAAGACGAAUUCUACAAAUUGGGCUUCCGACCGCAGGACGAAAUCACGACUGAACUAUAAUGAAUAGUGUGCGUUGAGUUAGCGCAAAACACAGUGUCUUCUAUGUAAAAUUUAUUUGUUUCACAAAACGAUUUAAAUUUUGUUUUUCUUUUAUUUGUAAUGUAGAAUUAUUGUAUAUGAAGAAUGUUAUGCAAAUUUUAUUUUAAAUUACGCGCCUAAUUUUAAGUCAAAGUAUUAUUUUUCGUUUUGUUGAUAUUUGUAGCCGCUUACAAUCUCCAUUAUCUGGUACUACAUACACAAAUACAUAUAUACAAUACAUACAAACAUUAACUAGAAAUAUUUACAGUGAAUUUUCACAAAACUUGAAAUGUACAUACCUACCAUUUACAUACAAAUAUUUGCAUACAUACAAACACGCAUUAGUGCAAAAACGCACCUAGCUGUUCCAUUUCAGUGGAACUUUUGCUUUUGGAUGCGCAAACUGUCAUAAAAUGACGAAAUAUGCAGAAAAUCUUCAAGUAAAGCACCAACGAACAAAUAAAUUUAUGAAAGUCGCCGCCCAGUUGCCGCCAAGCAGGGAGUAACUUAGUUUAGAGAGAAUUGGCUUCCACAAUCUAGAGAGCUUAGCUAAACAUUCCUAGGCUAAAUGAAAUGUUUGCAAUUAGUGAUAAGUUUAUAAUUUCUAUAAACUGAGAUGCCUUAUUUUACAAGUAGGUUAAGCGAAAUGUGAACUAUAAAAAAUGAACUAGUCAAUAAAAACAUAAUUACCAUAAACUUAGGAUUUGUUAAGCUGACGUUGACUAUAAAUAAAUAAAGGAUUUAAGUUAAUAAAACAAAAA